GGCGGCGGGGCAUGCGCAGAAGCGCCUCCCUUCCCCGAGAACGGGUGAGGGGGGAAAGGGGAAAAAAAAAGAGAGAGAGAGAUUCGAGGUCUUCGCUCUCCUCGGGCCCUCCCCCUCCUUCGGUUCUGGGUUCAGGGUUCCAUUUUAGCUGUGCAGAAUUCUUGUAAUGCAGAGAAUAGCAAAAAUGGCUCAAGCAGCUAUGGCAGCAGCAUCCAGCCAUGAAGAGGAUUCAUCUGAAAGCAGAAUGGUGGUUACAUUUCUCAUGUCAGCCCUUGAGUCAAUGUGCAAAGAGCUUGCCAAGUCUAAGGCGGAAGUCGCCUGCAUCGCCGUGUAUGAAACAGAUGUGUUUGUGGUGGGGACUGAGAGAGGAAGAGCCUUCGUUAAUACAAGAAAAGAUUUUCAAAAGGAUUUUGUAAAGUACUGUGUUAAUGAAGAGGCAAAGGCUGCAGAACUACAGAAAAUAAAGUCAACAUCCCUAGAUAAUAGGAUGACUGUGGAUAUUGUGGAAAUGGAAGCCCUCAGGAAGUCUGUGGAGGAUUAUUUCUGCAUCUGUUAUGGCAAAGCUUUAGGAAAGUCAACUGUAGUUCCUGUGCCGUACGAUAAGAUUCAGAGGGACCCAUCUGCUGUGAUGGUGCGUGGUCUCCCAGAAGGACUUGCAUUUAAGCAUCCCACUAACUAUGAUGUUACAACACUGAAGUGGAUUCUGGAAAACAAAUCUUCGAUCUCAUUUGUCAUCAAAAGGCCCUUCCUUGAGCCAAAGAAACAUCUAGGACCUCGCAUGACAGAUUCCUCACACACAGUAAUAUCCCCAGGUGGAAGCUGCACUGCCAUCCAGGUGAAGACUGAGCCCAGUGAAGAUUCUGGGCUUGAGAUGGUAACAGUUAAAGAAGAAUCUGAGGAUCCCGACUAUUAUCAAUUUAACAUUCCAGCAGGUCCUUCAGAAACUUCGGCGAUUGAUGAGAAAAUCGCCAUGGCAAAGUCUUACACAGGAAGCAACCAGGGUUCCGAUUGCAGUGAAGGAACAGAUGUGGAAUUGCCAGUAGAAGAUUCUUCUCAACAUGCCACUUCUGAAACAAGUGAGGAUCCUGAAGUGGAAGUGACCAUUGAAGAUGAUGAUGACUACUUACCACCUCAUAAGAAGACAAAGAGCACAGAACCAGUCACCGAUGCUGCCAAUUGUGGAAGAAGGAAAGCCAGAGAAUUCAAUUUUGAGAAAUGGAAUGCCCGCAUUACAGACUUGAGAAAGCAAGUUGAAGAGUUAUUUGAAAGAAAAUAUGCUGAAGCUAUUAAUGCAAAAGGCCCGGUGACUAUCCCGUAUCCACUCUUCCAGUCCCAUGUUGAAGAUUUGUAUGUGGAAGGACUGCCAGAAGGAAUUCCCUUCCGGAGACCCUCCACCUAUGGGAUCCCUCGCCUCGAAAGGAUUUUGCUGGCAAAGGAACGGAUACGAUUUGUGAUUAAGAAGCAUGAACUGCUAAAUUCAACGCGAGAAGAUCUACCAUUAGACAAACCUGUUGCAGGAGUGAAAGAAGAAUGGUAUGCCCGAAUCACCAAAUUAAGGAAGCUUGUCGACCAAUUAUUUUGCAGAAAAUUUGCUGAGGCAUUGGGGAGCACUGAACCAAAGGCUGUCCCUUAUCAGAAAUUUGAGGCGCACCCCACUGAUCUUUUUGUGGAAGGUCUGCCAGAGAACAUUCCAUUUCGGAGUCCGUCCUGGUAUGGAAUUCCUCGGUUGGAGAAAAUUCUUCAAGUGGGCAACAGAAUAAAAUUUGUAAUAAAAAAGCCAGACCUGCUAACAAUCACUCCUGCAGAGGUUACUCAACCAAGAACAAACAUGCCGGUCAAAGAAGAUUGGAAUGUCAGAAUCACAAAACUGAGGAAGCAAGUAGAAGAGAUAUUUAAUCUAAAAUUUGGACAAGCUCUGGGUCUGAGUGAAGCAGUGAAAGUUCCUUAUCCUGUCUUUGAGUCAAACCCUGAGCAUUUGUAUGUAGAAGGUUUACCUGAAGGCAUCCCCUUUCGAAGUCCAACGUGGUUUGGAAUCCCACGCCUGGAAAGGAUUGUCAGAGGGAGUGGAAAAAUCAAAUUUAUUGUGAAAAAGCCAGAACUUGUCACCUCUUAUUUGCCUCCUGGAUUGGCUAGUAAAGUGAAUACUUCGGAACCCCAAAGUCCGAUCAGCUCAAACUCUGCACGAAGUCCUGUAAGCAACUCCAAGAUUCCAGAGAUUGAAGUUACUGUAGACGAAGGUCUUGCUAACAAGACACAAACCCCAGAAGUUAAAACUAAUCCUCAGACCAAUGGAUCCAAUGUAGGCUUCAAACCAAGAGGAAGAGAGUUCUCUUUUGAGGCCUGGAAUGCCAAGAUUACUGAUCUGAAGCAAAAAGUUGAGAACCUUUUCAAUGAGAAAUGUGGGGAAGCUCUUGGACUGACGGAGCCCGUGAAAGUCCCUUUUGCUCUCUUUGAGUCUUACCCUGAAGAUUUCUACGUUGAAGGCCUUCCCGAGGGAGUGCCAUUCCGUCGCCCUUCUACGUUUGGCAUUCCAAGAUUGGAAAAGAUCCUCCGAAACAAAGCUAAGAUAAAAUUUAUCAUUAAAAAGCCUGAGAUGUUCGAGGCUGCAAUUAAAGAAAGCGCUGCUGCUGUUCCAAGUCCUCAGAGAAGAACAAGUUUAUCAAACACCGUGGUAAACACUGUAAAUGUGCCUGAUCCAGUGGUGAACACAGCUGCUGGAGUGGAAGAUCUUAACAUCAUCCAAGUGACUAUACCAGACGAUGAUGAGAGAACAUCCAAAGUAGAGAAGGCCCGACAGCUGAGAGAACAAGUGAAUGACCUGUUCAGUCGGAAGUUUGGGGAAGCCAUUGGCCUGGGGUACCCUGUGAAAGUCCCCUAUCGAAAAAUCACGGUCAACCCUGGCUGCGUGGUGGUGGAUGGGAUGCCCCCUGGAGUGUCUUUCAAAGCUCCCAGUUAUCUUGAAAUCAGUUCCAUGAGGAAGAUACUGGAUUCAGCAGAGUUUAUUAAAUUUACUGUCAUCAGCACCAACCAGCAACAACCCCCAGACAAGAUGAGUGCAAAAAGAAAGCGCUAUUCUGUUGAGUACAAGAAAGAAAUUGUGGAGGACUCCCAGGGCAAGAAUCUUACGGCUUUCUGCAAGGAGAAGAAGUUGUAUAUCCGAAUGGUCCAAAAAUGGCGGGCAGAAUACAAUAACCUCAGUCUACAGGCGGUCGUAGGAAAUGCUAAGAAGAGCAAGUGCGGUUCAGGUCGGCAGCCUUUAAUUCCUGAGCUGGAAGACAUGAUCAGUGAAUGGAUCGCUGACAGGAGAGCAAAGGCUUUGGUUGUGCGCAGGGCUGAUAUUCAAGCAUUUGCCCUUGAAAUGGCACCACAAUUCGAAAUAGCCGCUGAAUUCAAAGCAUCGCAGCACUGGCUGGAUAGCUUCCUUCAUCGAUAUGAACUGUCUCUCAGAAAAUCAACAACACUGUUAAAGUUGGAAGAUGCUGAAGUUGUUAAGCGAGCCCUUGCAUUCAAGUCCUUUGUUGAUGGCAUCGACUUUUCUAAAUACCAACUUUGCAACAUGAUUGCUAUGGAUGAAACUGCAGUGUUUAUGGGUCAAGGAGCCCAAAUGACAAUUGAACAGAGGGGUGCCUCCUCAAUCUACGUUCCCUCCACUGUUCACGAAAGUUCACGUGUUACCUGUAUUUUGGCAAUUCGUCUGGAUGGAAAGAAAGCCCCACCUCUUAUCAUCACUAAGGGCAAGAAAGAGAAGAUUGAAUGUGUUUCCGACAUUUAUGUUCUGGAAACCGAAAAAGCCUGGUGCACACAAGCAGUUAUAAGGAAGUGGCUUGAUUUAAUGCUGCCACUUGUUAUGCGAGGUGGCCAAAGAGGUCUGCUAGUCUGGGAUUCAGCCAGCACUCACCGUGCUAAAGACAUGAAGAAGUUCCUUGCAGAGAGAAGAAUAGAUCAAAUAAUGAUUCCUGCAGGAAUGACUGCCUAUCUGCAGACUCUUGAUAUUGCAAUAAACAAGCCAUUCAGAGACUAUUUGCAUAUGGAAAUUAAUGACUACAUUGAAAACAGAAUGGCAAGAAAUCAGCGUGGAAACUUUGUGAAACCUAGCCUGCAAGAGGUCGUGAUGUGGGUGAAGAAUUCAUGGGAUAAAAUCACUGACAGUGUUGUUGCCAAUGCACUCCGAGCAGGUUACAUGGAUAAGAGCUGCUCAUUUACUGAGAGCUCUAUUGCUCGACAUGAAAGACUGGGGCCAAUGGUUCUAAAGGAAAUGGAGUCGCAAGAAAUUCAGGAUGGAAUUCCGGGUUUGGAGAGUUAUGACGAUGUUCCAGAAGAAGACGAUUUAACUAUAUUUGAAUAAAUGUAGAUUGCUGUACCAUGCUUAAUAAAAAAAAAAGACAUCCCCUGAAAAUAAGCCAUAGUGUGUCUUCUUGAGGAAAAAGAAAUAUAAGACAGUGUCUUAUUUUCGGGGAUACACAGUGGUUGCUACUAAGGACGUUAGCCAUAUAUGAAGUGGGCCUAUUGAAAGGAAUAGAAUGUUUAACAAAGUUCCAUUAUUUUCAGUGGGUCUCCUGAAAGUAGGCCUGUAUUUACUAGAUAAAAAGCACUAGGAGCAGAAUUUUGAAGAGAGAGUCCACCCCUAACCUAGCAAAGAUAUGAGGGUAGAGAAAAUAUAAUAAAAAUGGAAACUGGAAAGUAUACAAAGACAACUGGAGAGUAAGUAAUAAAAAUGGAGUCAGUUGAAAAUUUUCAACUUAUAUAUGAAUGCAAAGCUCAGGGUCACGUAAGUAAUUUAUUCAUGUUGAAUGCUUUUUUUCUU